UUUGGCGCACUGUGUACAGGAGGAAGCCACGUUGACAACGAAAGAGGUGAUUUAUUCAGCAAACUUAAAUUCUGAGCUUUAAAAAUAUAAGAAAACAGUUGUUACAGCCUGAAAGGUGUAAAGGUCUGCCAGAGUAAACAGGAUGAGUGUAGGCUUCAUUGGAGCGGGUCAGCUGGCCCAAGCCUUGGUGAAGGGCUUCACUGCAGCGGGUGUAAUUGCAACUCACCGGAUCACGGCCAGUUCUCCAGAUACAGAUCUGCCUACAGUGGCCGGGCUCAGGAAAAUGGGCGUGAAUUUCACAACCAGCAACAAGGAAACCGCGCAUAAGAGUGACGUCCUAUUUUUGGCAGUCAAACCUCAUAUUAUUCCUUUCGUCCUGGACGAAAUCGGACCCGAUAUCGAAGACCGACAUCUCAUUGUGUCUUGUGCUGCUGGGGUCACUAUUAGCUCCAUUGAGAAGAAACUGCUCCAGUACCGCGCUGACCCUAAGGUGAUCCGCUGCAUGACUAACACCCCAGUGGUGGUGCGCGAGGGGGCCACGGUAUAUGCCACUGGCACGCAUGCUGAGGUGGAGGACGGGAAGCUUCUUGAGCAGCUGAUGGCCAGUGUGGGAUUCUGCACGGAGGUGGAGGAGGAUCUGAUCGACGCCGUUACAGGACUCAGUGGCAGUGGACCAGCUUACGCUUUCACGGCUCUCGAUGCUCUGGCUGAUGGUGGUGUGAAGAUGGGUCUACCCAGGAGGCUGGCUUUACGACUGGGAGCUCAAGCACUGCUUGGUGCUGCAAAGAUGCUUCUGGAUUCAGAGCAGCACCCAGGCCAGUUGAAGGACAAUGUGUGCUCACCAGGGGGCGCCACCAUCCACGCCCUGCACUUCCUGGAGAGCGGUGGCUUCCGGAGCCUUCUCAUUAAUGCUGUGGAGGCUUCGUGUGUCAGGACCAAAGAACUGCAGUUUCUUGCAGAUCAAGAGAAAAUCUCUCCUGCUGCUAUUAAGAAGACCACACUGGACAAGGUGAUGCAGCAGCCUGGUUUUCCUCCUAACACUACAGGAACCAAGAGCAGAGUCAACAUGUUUAACAACAAGAGCGGAAUUAAAAAAGUCUAAGGAAUCUCUCUCACACACACACCCACACACACACACACACCCCUUUACUUUAUUUGCAUCUUUGCUUUUAGACAGAUGUUACUCUAGGUAUUUUGGUGAAUUUUGAACAGUAGCUCAGCAUACCUGUGUACACACACACACACACACACACACACACACACACACACUUGUGCAGAGUAUAAGAGUAAAAUGAACAGAAGUGCAUUUCCAGCAUGCUGUCUAUCGCCUCGUGCCUCCCUGCAGCAGCAGACAGUUCGAUCGCUCCCUUGGGAGUAGCAUCAGGAGUUACAGGCAGCAGAUGCUACAUGAAGUUUUUUUUUUUUUUUUUUCCCCCCUUUUAAUACCUCCCUGUCCUCUACACAUAUCAACAGUGAGAUAUAUUUUUUUUGUCAACUCUGUAUUUGUAUCUAAUAAGGAUCUAAUAUUUGUGCCCAAAAUCACUGUAUAUUCAUUCUUUUCUUAGUGCUCUACUUUUGCAUAUAUAU